CCUCUCUUUCUCGCUAACUCAAAGAAAGGUCACAAACGUUUGCUUCUGCUUCCUUCGUUCUCAGCGAAGCUGGAGUUUCUCAAAGGCGAUUAGGAAGAGGGAAUGAUAAAGGAUGCUCUAAACGAUUUGGAAACUGACACAGUUAGGCAGAUAGUAGAAAACGAUCGGUCAAAGAAGCUUAUAGAUUAUAUUUGAUCAGUCGAUUAUAUAUGAUCCGGCACAGUACCUUCUCCAUGACCAAGGGUGAACUCCAAGUUAACCUCUUGGCAAAUUCAGCACCCCGGCCUUCCUUUGUUAAAUUUCCAGAGACAGGAAUGGACUCUACCAAAAAUAUCCAAGAAUCCAGUCAAGUGUUGAAAAAGAGAACAAGAAGGAGACAGAGGAGGAAACCAAAUCUAAUGCAAAAUACUGGCGUAGUUCAUAAUUUGCCUCAGGAAUAUGGGCACGGCGAUACUAAAUAUGUGAAUAGAUUGUCAACUUUAAGUUUAUCAGAUGAAAGAGGUGGCGAUGUAUUAGUUAUUUCAUCUGGAGGGGUUAAAACUAUUAGUGGAGAGGACAUCAGCUCAGGAAUUUUGCAUGGUUCAAUUGUGAAAGAACCGUUUAGGUAUACAGGGAAAAAGCUUCUUAUUCUUGACAUUAAUGGACUUAUUGCGGAUAUAGUCUCCCCUCCUCCAAAGGGAUUCGCAUCUGACAUAAGGAUUGCAGGACGGGCAAUUUUCAAGAGGCCAUACUAUCUUGAUUUUCUUAAGUUCUGCUUUGAGCGUUUCGAAGUGGGUGUGUGGUCUUCAAGAUCCAAGAAAAUUGUGGAGAGAGUGGUUGAUUAUCUAAUGGGUGAUCUAAAGCACAAUUUGUUGUUCUGCUGGGAUCUAUCCCACUGCACUACAACAGGGUUCAGAACUCUCGAAAACAAGCAUAAGACCUUGGUUUUUAAGGAUCUGAGAAAAAUUUGGGAAAAAAACGACUCUAGUCUUCCAUGGGAGAAGGGCAUAUAUAAUGAAUCUAAUACGUUAUUGUUGGAUGAUUCUCCGUACAAAGCCCUGCUUAAUCCUGCACAUACCGGAGUCUUUCCUUAUCCAUACACGUUUCAUGGAGGGUGCGACAAUGCGUUAGGUCCUGGAGGUCGUCUUCGGACCUAUUUGGAAAAGUUGGCCACGGCUGAAAAUCUACAAGAGUAUGUAGACCGACAUCCGUUCGGUCAAAGACCUAUUACUGAAAGAAGUGCAUCUUGGGACUUUUACCUCAGGGUUCUCAAUACAGUAUGUGCUUUAGAAACCAAACGUAUAACCUGGCAUUCUACUUGUAAGCAUUAGGAAUGCAUUUUGCAUCUGUUGUAUUUUUGUACUACUAUCCUUUGCAUCUUGGGUGGAGCUUUCUCCAAUCCCAUGCAAGGAGCAUUCUUCAAAGCUUUUUACCAAUACAAGUGGAGCUGGUGAUUGACCAAAAGCAGCCACAGGUCAUAGAAAAACUUGACUGCUUCAAACAUUCCGGUUGAAGUGUU